AACCAAAUUAAAUCCUCAAGAAAAGUCAGCCCGGAUUCCAUUCGCAGUAUCUCCCUUCAGCAUCAAGUAUGGCCCCUCGCAGAAAACACAAGAAAUCCCGUCUUGGCUGCAUUGAGUGCAAGCGACGCCGUAUCAAGUGCGAUGAGCAACGGCCCGUAUGUUCGCAAUGUACAAUAUCAGAGCGGACCUGUGAGUUUGCAGAGAUGCCGGCCCGUUGCAUCAGGCCUACCACAUCCCGAAGGCAGACCCCUUCCAUUCCAGCAUCGUCGACAGGGGAGACGGCAGAGUCGAGUUCAACGGUCGCUGAAGCUGAUUCCCCUAUAGAGCCAGCGGCCAACUUGCUUCAUGCAGAACUCCUAUACCAAUUGUUAACCGAGACGAUCGACUCGAUCAAUGAGCAGAAUAGCCCGGAGAUAGUAGUGUCGCCUGCAGAACUUAUCAGGUGCUCUCUGAGGGCUUCAUAUCUUCUAAACGAGCUAUUGGCUCUCGCUGCCACGCAUCUCAGUAUCAUCCGCUCUGAACAACACGUCUAUUACCGUACACACGCGACCCAUCUGCAAAAUCAUGCUUUGAGAUUCUUUCAUGCAAUGGAUAAUGCAGAUGAUCCUGAAGCAUGUGUACCUCGAUUUUUCUUUUCCUCUAUCCUCGGGUUGCACACACUAUGCGAGACUCUCAUCUUCCGCGAUGGUGACUUCAAUAUCUUCCUCGAUUCCUUUGUUCCUUAUCUCCGCCUACAUCAGGGCGUGCGUGCCGUCAUCGGAGAUAACUGGAGCAUGCUAUCGCAGACUACUAGUCUCGGGCCGACUUUAGGCUCUGCAGGAAGACAAUUACAGACUGACGGGAACUUGGGCCCAGAAUGUAGGCAUCUACUGGCACUCAUCCGGCAGUCCAACUUAGGUCCCUCCAUCACUGAAACGUAUCGACAAGCGAUCGAAGCAUUGCAGGCGGCAAUGCACUCAAUAUCUUCUAAUCGCCCCGGAGGCGCCUGCAUUACUGGGGUUUUCGCAUGGCCCGCUAGUGUACCCUCGAAAUAUAUUGAUCUUCUGGCUCUUCGUAGCCCUGACGCUCUUGCUGUGCUGGCACAUUACGGGGUAGUUCUGCAUGCUUAUCGCCAAUGCUGGUUCUUGGGCGAUGGCGGGCGAUAUCUGAUCGAGUCCAUUAAUGAUUAUCUGGGGCCCGCUUGGUCGGAAUGGCUGGCAUAUCCGAGGCAAGUGUUGAGUGCAGGUUCGCAUCAAUAUUAG